CAGCCAGCUGCAGAAAUACUAUGAAGGUAUCACCGCAGUGGACGGAGCACAGGACCGUUUUCUUCCCCAACAAGGACCUCUUUGAUCAAAUCCAGUUUUCCAAUUUGAUGUGAGAGACUUCGGAUUUGGUGUCUUGAGGGGGAAUCAAAAUCAUUUGAUGAAUAUGACUCACCGUGAGCUGUGCAUUUUUCGGGAACAUCUUUGGAAAUACAGUGAGAAGACAUAAAUGGUGUAAAAGGAAAACGGAAAAGUAACCCACUGAAGAGCGUUAACAGAUGGCAAAGCUAUUAUAGCUUUAUACUCAGUAUAGGAGAUGAAAAAGGGGAAGCUCUCAUUGAAUAGAAGAGAACUAGAAGGUAUGGGAAGAAUUUUUUCUUUUAAAAUGUGAAACAAAGUGAGCACUGCACUUAAAAGCAAACUUUAAGAUAGGACUAGAAGAGUGAUUACUACAAUGCCUUGGAAAUUUGAAGACUGAGAUGAAGAGCAGCUCUGUUCAGAGCCUACAGAUGAUGUGCCAUUCAAGCUGCAUAUAAACAGUGUAGCCACCUUCUGGACUUUAUUUCAUGUGGAUUUACUGCUUUUCACCCCCAACACCGAGGUGAAACAUUUCCUUCAAUGGAUGAUCAAGUGGAUGUUUACGUGGUGAUAAUGUCAUCAGUCUGAGACACUAAAAAUAUGCCAAGCAUUAAGAUGCAAAGACCUCCGGGAAAAGGAUGUGCCAGGGACAGCUUCCCAAACACUGCAACAGGCAGCUGCAGACACAGAGAUCCUGUCUACUUCUUCAUCCCUUUCUUCCUUCUCCUCAUCUCCCUGAUUUCACCUGUUCUGCCCAUUAAUAUGGAGUAUAUAGAGAAUCACAGUGAAUUUAGCUGUGAACCCAUCAGACUGAGAAUGUGCCAGGAUCUGCCUUACAACACCACCUUUAUGCCCAAUCUGCUAAAUCACUACGACCAGCAGACGGCUGCACUCGCCAUGGAGCCCUUUCAUCCAAUGGUAAACUUGGUGUGCAGUGCUGAUCUGAGGAUGUUCCUGUGCGCUCUGUAUGCUCCAGUUUGCACUGAAUAUGGCCAUUUGUCCAUGCCAUGUCGAUCCCUCUGUCAGCGGGCCAAGGAUGAAUGCCAAAAACUCAUGGAGAUAUUUGGAGUGGCUUGGCCGGAUGACAUGGAGUGCAGCAGGUUCCCAGAUUGUGAUGAACCCUAUCCUCGCCCAGAGGACCUGCUAACAGGCUCUGAACCAACCGACCAGUCAUCCAUGACUGUCCAGAGAGAUUAUGGUUUCUGGUGCCCCAGAGAGCUCAAGGUUGACCCAGAUCUGGGUUACACUUUCAUGGGGAGAAAAGACUGUUCUGCCCCCUGCCCCUCCAUGUUCUUCAAUCAGCAGGAGCUGACCUUCACCCGAUACUUCAUUGGAGUGAUCUCCAUUGUUUGUCUGUCUGCAACUCUCUUCACCUUCCUGACGUUCCUUAUUGAUGUUACAAGGUUCCGAUAUCCUGAGCGGCCAAUCAUCUUCUACGCUGUGUGUUAUGUCAUGGUGUCGCUGGUCUUCUUCCUGGGUUUCCUGCUGGAUGACACAGUUGCAUGUAACGCGGUCAGCCCCAGCCAGUUCAGAGCUUCAACCAUCACACAGGGCUCUCACAACAAGGCAUGCACUCUGUUCUUCAUGGUCUUGUAUUUCUUCACCAUGGCUGGCAGCGUAUGGUGGGUUAUACUGACCAUUACUUGGUUCUUGGCCGCUGUACCUAAAUGGGGAAGUGAGGCCAUUGAGAAGAAAGCGCUCCUCUUCCACGCUGUUGCCUGGGGCCUUCCAGGGGCCCUCACUAUCACCCUGUUGGCCCUGAAUAAAAUAGAGGGAGAUGGGAUCACUGGAGUCUGUUUCAUAGGAUUAUAUGACAUAGAUGCCUUAAGGUGGUUUGUCCUGGUGCCACUUUGCUUCAAUGUGGUGGUUGGCAUCUCUCUUCUUUUAGUGGGCAUUGUUGCUCUGAACCGGGUGCGCAUGGAGAUUCCACUGGAGAAGGAAAACCAAGCCAAACUAGUCAAAUUUAUGAUCCGAAUGGGAGUGUUCUCUGUGCUCUACCUUGUCCCCUUACUGACUGUGAUUGGAUGCUACAUCUACGAACACAACUACAGAAGUAUCUGGGAGACUACGUGGAUGGAAGAGAACUGUAGGCGUUAUCAUAUUCCCUGCCCAUACAAGGUUGAGCAGAGCAGCAAACCAGCCAUGGUGUUGUUCCUGAUUAGGUACCUGAUGAUGUUGGUGGUGGGAAUCCCCUCUGUUUUCUGGGUGGGCAGUAAGAAGACCUGUUUCGAAUGGGCCGGUUUCCUGCAUGGACGCAGGCGCAAAAACAGUGGGGUCAAUGAGUCCUGCCAGGUUCUGCAAGAGCAACCAGACUUUGUCCAGUCUCUGUUGCGCGAACCAAACACCCCCAUCAUCAGAAAGUCCAGAGGGACAUCCACUCAGGGGACCUCCACUCAUGCGUCCUCCACCCACUUGGCUGCUUUGGACAACCUUGAUGAACCAGUCAGAACUCACCAUGGAAACCCAGCAUCAACCAGAAGCAAGGCCAGCAGCGCCCACAGCAAGGCCAGCUACCAUGGCAGCCUGCGCCGCGUUCGAGAUGAAAGGAGCAAUUCUUUGGCUCACCGGGGCACACAGGACCGCAGUUUCCAUGGCAGCCUGAACCGUCUUGACCACCCGCUCUCCACUCACAGCAGCUUGCAUCAGAUAGACAACCAGUCGAGGCACAGCAGCCAGCGAGACGUUUCUGAGGUCCCACCCACCCUCAUCACCCACGGGACCAAAGCAAGUGACUGCAGAGAGGCUGAAAACGACGGCUCCAGUGCCUGAGAUCACUCACCUGUUUCACACGC